AUGGGGUGUACACCUUCCCACAAUGACGUUGUUAAUAGCGUUGCUAAGAGUGGCAUCCAGUUUUUUAAAAAGCCCAAAGCAAUUUUGCCGGGACGUCAAGGGGGCGGUGGAAGAUGCUCCAUCCCUUUGCUACUUCCAAGCUCCACCUGCUAUGACUCUGGGGGAGACCCGACCCAGGGACAGAGGCUGACAGAGGAGCAGCCGAGGGCCAGGUGGACCCAAAGCCCAGCUGAAGGUCUCUAUCAGCUCACAAGAGAUCCCACUGCAGGCAAAGGGAAAGAUAUGGAAGGACUGCCCCCAGAAACCAGAAUCUCCGCAUCCCAGCUGGACAAAUCACAAAGCCACAUGGCUCAGGACCUUCCAUCCAAGACACAGAGCUCCCACGGGUCACAGGGGACAGUCUCUUCUGGGGAAGAGAGUGAAGAAAGGAAUACCCAGCAAAGGAAGCUGAGAUGCCACACGUGUGGCCAACAGGGCCAUUGCUGCCAGACCAUCCUUCCUGCUCACGAGCCUGAAGGCAAAGUGGAUUUCCCUGAGCCCCUGGUGAAGGCCCACCGGCACGCCUACACCUACCUCCACACCUGCAUCUCCAAAUAUGAAGCAAUCCUGUCCAUCACCCAUCAGGCCACCCAGACCCAAGAGCUGCUGCAGCCCAUGGUCAGCUUCCUGCUGCUAUGCUUUGAUGAGGUCAACCGGCUCUUGGGGGAGAUCUCCAAGGAGGGAGAAAUGCUCCUCCAGGAAGUUCGGGACGAUCUGGCUUGGCCGUUGAGGAAAGGAGAGCCUCAGGACCAGCCAGAUCUCCUGCAACAGCUUCUGCAGUACACAGUCAGCAAGCUGCUGGUGCUCAGUGGCACGGUGGCCUCGAUCACUGGCCGCUUCCUGGAGGGCUCCAGCAGUUACCACCAUGACACCGCGAGCCACUUGGGAAAGAAGCUGAGCACAAAGAGGGGUGUGGAUGAACGCCUCCUGCGGGCUCUGGGGCAACUGGAGAACUUGGCGAGUGGCCACGGGGACCCUGGGAUGCAGGGUGCGCCCUUGUGCUCCGAGGACAGUGGCAUUGGUGGGGACAACGACUCUGUGCAGCUGGUGGACAAGCUGGGCAAGCAAGCCAGCUGGGACUCGGUGUCGGAGCCCGCAGAACGGAAGCUGGUGCUUUCAUCCACGGUGGAAGCCAGGCUGUCAGGACAGGCCUGGCAGCAAAGUCCUUUCCAGAUGGGUUCAGACACACCCCAGGACUGCCCCCUCUGGAGGCCUCCAUCGGCAAAGGUUCGGCCCGCGGCACAGGGUGGAGCAGGGGGCCCUUGCCCCUCGAGCACAGGCCCAGAAACUACGACCGCCAGGCCUUUGGGGAUGGGCAAAAGCACUCGGUGUGAUUCCCUUGGGAUGGGGGUCUCCACAGAAGCACAUUUUCCUAAAGGCUCCCGCUUGGUGGACACUCCUUCCGUCACUGAAGGGGAGGACAGUAGCCCAGAGGAGGAGGAGGACCAGGUGAGUGGCAUGAGUCUGGGUCCACAGCAGGAAAACUCUUUCCCUCCAAGGCCGCGCUCUUCACCUGGUGGCCCGGAAGGCCCAUUUCAGCCACACCCCAGGAAGCUCAGGAAGCCCCAAGCCCAGGAAAUGAUUCUGAAGAUGAAGGAAGCAAUCAGCGAAAGGAUCAAGUUUGUCCCUGUGCCUUCUGGGCCCCAGGACUGGGCCGACGAGGACGAGAGGAGGACGGCGGUCCCCCCGAGACCCAGCACAGCCAGCGGCAGCACCAGGGCCCCUCUGAGGCAGAGGAGGUCCCAGUCAGAGGGGUGUCUGAAGAGCCAAGUGGAGGACUCCACCCUCCAGGAGCUGCAGAGGGUCCAGAGAGACCUGAGCCGGAGGCUGGAGGCAUUUUACGCCCUGGGUGCGCGACAGCAGGGGCAGAGCCCGGAGCAGGUUGCGCAGCCCCGCGCCGUGGCUUGGAGGUCCGACACCUGCGGGAGCGCGCCGAGCAUCACCAGCAGCAAGCUGAAGGCAUCCCUCACCAAGAACUUCGUCAUUUUACCGAGUCAGGACAAGAGCAUCGUGCAGAAAUGCAGUCCCCGCCCUGAGAGCGAACAGCCCCGGCAGGGGGAGCCUGAGGGGCUGCCAGUCGUCAUCCCAUCGGGUGAGAAGACCAGUGAGGCUCGGGGGGCCGAGGACUGGAAUGUCAGGGCCUGUCCCACCAGAACAUCGGUCAAGAAACUCAUUGAAACUUUUAGUCCCACUGAGAGUCUGAGGACCCUGGGAGAUUCCAAGGACGCCAGGCCAAGCCCCUGCCUCAGGAAGUGGGGGGUCCCCCUCAUACCCCCCAGAUUUCCCAUUUAUAGGGGGCUUGCCCCUUUGUAUCCAAAGCCCCGAAUUUCUCCAGCAGCGAGUGGAGAAUCUCUCAAGCUGGGCCCAGCCUGGAGGCCCUUAGCUCCUAUUUUCCCCCCUCUGCUGACAGCAGGAGCGUCCAAGAGGGAGGACCUCAAUUUCAACUAUGAAACAGAAGAGGACCCAGAGCAUCUGCCUCCACCGCCUCUGGAAAUCCUGAUGGACAAAUCGUUCACCUCUCUGGAGCCCCCAGAGAGCAGCAAGCCAGCAGGAAGCUCCUCCAACGGGACCCAUGCACCAGGGCCGGGAGGGGCUGACCCUGCCCUGAGAACGUGGGCUUCCCCAAAGCUAAGAGCCUCCAUGAGCCCCACUGACCUGCUACCCAGCAAGAGCACGACUGCCCCCACCAGGCCCCACAGCACAGGGCCAGGGGGCAGCAAGAGUGGCUGCAGUACCAGAAAGCUCACCUUGGACCUGAGCCACCCACCAGCAACCAGCGGAAACCCAGAGGUGGAGGGCAGAGGGGCUCAGAGUCAGGCACCCGCAGACAGGGCCACCAGCCUGUCCAAGCAUCCCCAGAAGGCCAUCCCCUGGCACCCCUCCAGCCACACAUCUGGGCCGAACAGCACCUUGGAACCCAGCCUGGCCAGGCCAACACGAGGGCCACAUUCUCCCGAGGACCCCAGGCAGAGCCAGGAGAGAAGCCCCUCGCUGGUCAGGAAGGCCUCUGCCGCAAGGGGACACUGGACAGCCCGAGCGGACAGGAGGCAGCUCCCCUCUCACAGAUCUGCCCAGCCAAGCGUCCCCUCCGUGCACGGCUCCCCCAGCCCACCCAUCAGCCCUCCGGUAAGCCCCACGGUGCUCAGCCCCCCAGAGACGAAGGAAGGAGCCUCGCCCCCACCCUGGCACAAGCCGCCCAGCACUGCCCCCGCGAGCCCACCCGCACAGCACAAGGCCUCCAGCCCCCCUACCCGGCACACAGAAGCGAGUUCCCCUUCCUCUGGCCCCUCCCCGUCCCCCCCAGUGUCCCCUGCUCAGGGGCCCCAGCAAACAAGAGACCCUGAGGACAGUCGGGCAGCCACAGCUAAAGCAUGUGGGAACACGUGUUCCAUAUUCUGCCCGGCCACCUCCUCUCUGUUUGAAGCUGCCCCGCCCCCUUCAGCAGCCCACCCACGCACCCCAGCCUCGCUGCCCCCUGAAGCCGGCGGCCCUCGGGGGACCCCCGCAGGAGGCUGGAGGAGCUCGGGGCCACGGCUGAGGGCGGGCUCCCAGCGGGGCCCGGCUCUGUGUGCCCUCAACCCUCAGCCUUUCAUCAGAAGGACGGCUUCUGACCGCCGGCCGAGUAUCCGCCUCGGGCUGCCUGUCCCCGGUGCCACCUGCGACGCUUGGGAAUCCGCACUCAGCAGGAGCAGCAGCAGUGAGGAGAGCCCCAGGAAGGACACAGAGCCAUGCAACAGCCCCUGUGCCCCAGAACUGAGGGGCAGUGGCAGGGCCGCCUCUCCCCCAGAACUCUGCGUGUUGGGCCACGGGCUGCAACGGGAGGCCAGAACCAGCCGCGCCCAGGACAAGCCUCAACAGAAGGAAGUAGCCUGACAGGCCAACCAACAGGGUCACACGGAUGCCAGUCACCCCAGAAGGCGAUGGGUGACAGCCAAGCACCAGACUGUCCCCUAGAGGGUGGGUCAACCAAACUCCUACUCCUAGAAAGAUCCGGAAGGUGCACUGCCCCGAGAGUCUGCUAAAUUCUAAACCUUUGCCAUUUUCAGGCCCAGAGUCUGGUUUGCCUUGGGGUACAAAGGCUAACUAUAACUUUGGACCCCCCAGUGACACUCUUUAAUCCUUCGAGUACUGGCCUUAAUGUAGGGGAAAAUGCAUUUGUCGAAUGCUUGAUGAGCUGGGGGGUUUUACCUGGGUUGGUUUCCUGGACUCAAUUAAUCCGCACAACGAAGAAUGAAGCAGAUAGCAUUCUCCGGGUUUUGCAGAUAAGAAAACCAAAGUGCCCCUUCCCCCAAGCCCGAAAGAGUCUUGCCUGAGGUCACACAGCUAGGAAGAGAACAGAGCAAAAAUUCCAACAGGUGUGGCUGGCCCCAGAAUCCCUUGUUUCUCGUUCCAGUCUCGCUCCAUCUGCCUAAAGCAAACCUAGUCUACAAAUGGUUGGAAAGCCUUGUGGUUUUUUUUAAGGUUAAAUAGUGUCACUGCAUUCAAGUCACCGUUGAGAGCUUUGUUUAGAAGCUGACUGCUCCAGAGAUGGGAAGACUGACGUGGAAUUAAGACACACACCCUCCUUCCUCUCCUCCCUCCCAAGCACAGACCCAAAGCCCUCAACACCAAGCUUCCAGCCCACUCCUGCGGCUGAGCGGCCUCGGAUUGUGUCUCAGAGGCAGGCGUGUCUCGGAUGCUCUGCCCCACGCAUCCACAUGCCUCUCAAACUGGGUGGGUGCAACCAAGCCUUGCAAACAAGCAGCCUAUUCUCCACGCCCCGCAGGGGCUGGAGCUCAGGAGGAUGUGCACACACGCACGUACACGCAGGCACACAAACACUCGUGCGCCUGCCAGUCUCCCCCAGGGGCUUCUCGGCCAACUUUAUUCCCAAGUCAUCCGCACAACUUCUGCCGAGGUUAAAAUGGAAGUGAAGAACUACCGUGCAUGCCAAUGCGCUAGAUAUUAGCUGCAGAUCUUGGAAUGUUUCCAUGGGUGGCUGCGGAGUGCUUUCUAUUUAGAAAUGAAUUUGCAAUAAUUCGGUGAUUCAGUGGCGGCUCAGUGGGUUGUCAAAAGACAAGAAUUCUCACCCACGGGGUACAGCUA